AUGUCCCCGCGGGCGCUGGAGCUGGUGCUGGUGCUGGCGCUGGCGGAGCUGGUUCUGGCCCCGGGAGCGGCCGAGGAGGGGGAAGCCGCCGUCGGGGCCGCCCCUCCGCGAUCCGCUGCUUUCCAUCGCGCCGCCAAGGCGUCCUGGCGGCUGCCCGGGCGCUACGUGGUGAUGCUGCGGGCGGGCAGCGAGGCCGAGCUGCGAGGCACGGCCCGGCGGCUGCAGGCCCGGGCGGCUCGGCGGGGACACCCGGCAGAGCUGCUGCACGUCUUCCACCUCCUGCCCGCCUUCCUGGUGAGGAUGAGCAGCGACGUGCUGGACGCGGCGCUGAAGCUGCCGCAGGUGAAGUACAUUGAGGAGGAUGCCUACGUCUUUGCGCAGAGCAUUCCCUGGAACCUGGGCAGGAUCGUACCGCCACAGCCCGGCUCGGGCGCCUACAGCCCUCCCAGUAAGCGCUGGGGUGACCUGGCCGAGAUUUACCUGCUGGACAGCAGCGUGCAGAGCACCCACCGGGAGAUCGAGGGCAGGGUGACUGUGACUGGCUUCGAGAGCAUCCCCGAGGAGGAUGGCACCCACUUCCACAGGCAGGCCAGCCAGUGUGACAGCCACGGGACCCACGUGGCCGGGGUGCUGAGCGGGCGCGACGCCGGCGUGGCCAGGGGCGCCAGCAUCCGCAGCCUCCGCGUGCUGAGCUGCCAGGGGAAGGGCACCGUCAGCGGCACCCUCAUGGCCCUGGAGUUCAUCGGGAGGACGCUGGAGGCUCAGCCCUUCGCGCCGCGGGUGGUGCUGCUGCCCCUGGCCGGAGCGCGGAGCCCCGCGCUGAACGCGGGCUGCCGGCGGCUGGCACGGACCGGAGCGGUCAUGGUGGCGGCUGCCGGCAACUACAAGGACGAUGCCUGCCUCUACUCGCCUGCUUCCGAGCCGGAGGUCAUCACGGUCGGUGCCACCGACAGCGAGGACCGACCUGCCUCCAUCGGCACCCUGGGCACCAACUUUGGCCGCUGCGUGGACCUGUUUGCCCCGGGGGACGACAUCAUCGGCGCCUCCAGCGACUGCAGCACGUGUUUCACAGCGCGGAGCGGGACGUCGCAGGCGGCCGCGCAUGUGGCAGGCAUCGCGGCCGUGCUGCUCAGCGCCGAGCCCCAGCUGAGCCCGGCCGAGCUCCGCCAGCGCCUCCUGCGCUUCUCCACCAAGAACGCCAUGGACACGGCGUGGAUCCCGCAGGAGCAGCGCCUCCAGACACCCAACAGCGUGGCAGCGCUGCCCGCCCGGCUGGCAGCAGAGGGGCCGCUGCUCUGCCGCUCGGUGUGGUCGGCGCGCUCGGGGCUCUCCCGGCUCUCCAGGGCCGUGGCUCGCUGCGCCAGCACCGAGGAGAUGCUCAGCUGCUCCAGCUUCUCCCGCAGCGGCAGCCGGCUGGGAGAGCACGUGGAGGACAAGGACGGGCAGAAGCAGUGCGUGGCCCUCAACGCCUUCCAGGGCCAGGGGGUUUAUGCCAUCGCCAGGUGCUGCACGUGGCCCAGGGCUGAGUGCCGGAUCAAGGCCAGCUCCCCGGGGGCCCAGGGGGCCGAGUGCUCGCCAGGAGACACCGUGCUGACUGGGUGCAGUUUCCACUCCCCAUCCGUGGUGCUGGGUGUUGGUGGCAGGCCCGUGGAGGGGCUGGGGAGGGGGCCCAGCCGCUGUGCCAGCAGGACAGAGGCGAUGGCCCACGCCUUGUGCUGCCCCAGUGCCAGCCUCGAGUGCCGGCUGAAGGAGCACGUGGCCCUGGAACACGAGGAGAAGGUGACAGUGUCCUGUGAGGAUGGCUGGACGCUGACGGGCUGUAACUCCCUGUCCCGGAGCCCUGGCUCCACGGGAGCCUACGCCGAGGACAAUUCCUGCGUGGCAGCCGCCGUUCCUGGCAGCAGCUCGGCCGUGGCCAUUUGCUGCCGGAGCCGGCAGUAG